AUGGAAUCGUACGUGACCGGCAGUGUCAGAGGGACGUUAGGAUACAUGGCCCCCGAAGUGGCGAUCCUACUCUAUGAUCCCAGCGUGAAAAUCAGUGUCAAGGUCGACAUCUAUAGCUUGGGCGUGGUGAUGUGGGAAAUGGUGGAGAGGAAGAAAAUCAAACUUGAAGCGGCAUCCUUCUCAGGACAGGAGCCAUCCACGGACAUGGACGAAUCUUGGUCUCCAGGAAGCCGCUUCACGUUCACCAAUCCGUGCCCAGGUCCUUUGAAGGAUCUGAUCCUGAAGUGUGUGGAGAUGCAGCCCAAGGAACGGCCACAGGCUGGUGAGGUGUGCCAAGAGAUACAGAGGAUACAGAGGAUGUUCUCAGCAGGCCAGGAGGCCAAUACGUGA